AUGGGCAAGCUACUUUCACUCGGCGCGAGACUGCGCUACCCGAUUACCAUUACAAAACUUCUCAAGCACCCCGGCGACGCCAUCCAAAAACAGGAGAGCGUACUGGAAUACUCCUUCAAAUGGAUGCGCGAGGUCGGCGACCCCAUCGCUGGCGACACAUGGCAAGAGGAGGAAACAACCGUCGUUGGUUGGGAUAGUCCUGCCGAGGGCACCCUCAAGCAAUGGCGUCUCAAGGAGGGCAUGACAUUUACACGCGACGCGCCGUGUAUGAUGGUCGAAGAGGCCUGCUCCCACGAGAUCCAGUUCCAAGGCUUGUGCGCCAUCUGCGGAAAGGACAUGACCGAGGUUAAUUGGGCCACCAACGAGCGCGAUACCCAACGCGCCACCAUCAAUAUGACACACGACCAGACUGGCCUCAUGGUCAGCGGCGACCUCGCUGCGCGUGCCGAGUCCGAUACCCAGAAACGUCUGCUGCGACAACGGAAGCUGAGUCUCGUCGUCGACCUCGACCAGACCAUCAUCCAUGCCUGCAUAGAGCCUACUGUUGGCGAAUGGAUGGAGGACCCGUCAAAUCCCAAUUACAACGCUGUCAAGGACGUCAAAAAGUUCCAGCUCAACGAUGAAGGUCCUCGGGGGAUGGUCACAUCCGGCUGUUGGUACUACAUCAAAAUGCGACCUGGCCUGGCCGAGUUCCUCGAGAAAGUCGCGGAGCUUUACGAGCUACACGUCUACACAAUGGGAACGCGCGCAUACGCCCUCAACAUUGCCAAGAUUGUCGAUCCUCAACAGAAGCUGUUUGGCAACCGCGUCAUCAGCCGUGAUGAGAACGGGAGCAUGAUUUCAAAGAGUCUCCAGCGGCUGUUCCCGGUCAACACCAAUAUGGUUGUGAUCAUUGACGACAGAGCAGACGUAUGGCCGAGCAAUCGCCCUAACCUAAUCAAGGUUGUGCCGUACGACUUCUUCAAGGGCAUUGGCGACAUCAACUCGAGCUUCCUUCCCAAGAGACAGGACAUCCUACCCGCGCCAUCCGAACCCGAAGCGAAGCCAACACUAACAGCAACCACAAGCGAAUCACAAACGAGCGAGGCUCCAUCAACAGCUGAGCAACCAAAUGGCAAGGUGUCUGCCAUUGACGAACUGGUUAAUAUGAGCAGCGGCGACGACAAGGUCCUACAGGAAGCACAAAGCGGAGAGCAAGAAAGGUUGCUGGAACAGCAGAUCAAGGAAAGGCCGCUUCUCCAUAUGCAAGAGGCACUUGACAAAGAGGACGAACAGAACGAAAAGGUUACACAGGAAACCGAGAACGGCGCACAUAUAAUGAUAGUACAGCAUCGAUCGCAAGUCCUUCGCGACGACGAUGCUGAGCUGCUGUACCUACAACAGCACCUCACUCAACUGCACCAUAAGUUUUACACCGAAUACGACGAGAAGCGCGCUGCUGCACCUACCCAAUCUGCCCCGCGGAAGAAAGUGGGUGACGACGGCAUCGAUCUCGAUGCCGUUCCAGACGUCGGUGAAGUGCUCGAUACGAUGAAGGCUUCGACCCUCGAAGGCACCACGAUUGUCCUGUCCGGCCUCGUUCCCCUUGGUGUCGACGUCCUACAGUCCGAGAUUGGCAUCCAAGCCAUGAGCUUCGGUGCACAAAUCUCGACGAGGGUGUCCAAACAGGUCACUCAUCUCGUAAUAUCUACAUCCCGCCCGCGGACUCAAAAGGUGAGGCAGGCAGCGAAGAUUUCGAGCAUCAAGAUCGUCAGCCAAAAUUGGCUAUCCGAUUGCCUCAGUCAAUGGCAGCGUGUCGACGAAGCGCCCUACCUGGUAGAGGUUCACCCUGCAGACCGCCGCCAGCUGGCCAUGUCGGAGACUACCGACGCUGAAACCAUUUCCGAUGCUGAUGGCGACGAUUCACGGCCGCAUUUGACCAUCAUUGACGAAACGGGUGAGCAGCGUGUGCUCGAGGAAGACGAGGAUGCAUCGGACGAGGACGAAGGCGAUCAGGACGGAGACGAAGAAAACUUGAUGCUGGAAUUUGAGGACGGACAAGUGAGCCCCAUAGACGGCUUGAAAUCGUUUGACUGGGAAGGCGUCGAUGAUGAGAUGAAGGAGUUCCUCGGAAGCGAUGAUGACAGCUCGGAUGCGGAUACGGAAAGCCGCAGUGGUGACACUGAUGCCGGUGAAGAUUUGCCAUCAUCCCAAGAGUCUUCCAAUUCUGUCACUGGCGGUACCAAGAGGAAAGCCAUGGACGACGACACGGCUUCCGACGAAGGAGGAAGCGCACUGUCCAAGAAGCAACGCAUCGCCAAAAGCCGCGGCGCCUCCAAGCUCAGCUCAGUGCGGACCCCCAACGUCGAAGAUAACAAUGAGUCGAGCAGUCUACCAACCCCUCAAGUUACGGGCGACGAGGACGACGUCUCGCUCGUCCCAGAGAGCGCCGCUGUGAACGGAGUUGACGACUUUGACGAGGACGAUCUCGAGGCAGAUCUCGAGGCCGAGCUCGCAGCCGCCGGAGAGGACUAG